GAGAGCGAUCAGUUUUUGAGUUGACAUCGAGCCGAGCGGACGCGCGUUUGUCGUUCAGCGGAUGAAACAGAGAAAAAAAGAAGAAGUAUCGCCUCGAGAAAAAUUGGAACACAAUUUAUCAAUCGCGCUAUCGCACCCCCCACUUGGAUUACGGUCAACGCGAAACUACAACAAAGAAAUAAAAUUAAGAUAUAGAAAUCAAGAAACGAAAAACGAAAGCAACCAAAAUCAAAAGAUAUAAAUGAAAAUUAUAUAGCCAGCGGGAAGAAACAAGAAAAUCGUUUUAGUUCAAGCAUUAAAUCGGUUGAUGUGCUGUUCUUGUGAAAAGUGCCGAUUGUGCAAAGCUGCGCUAUAAAACCAAACAAAACACAAAUUAAUUCAAAAAAUCCCAAAUAAACACACACACACAAAAUGGGCGAAAAAUAGAACGAGCAGUGAAAGACCAAAAGAAGCCCCCAUAACCUCCCGAAUAACCAAAAUCGAAACCCCAUUCGAAGUUUAGGCACCUCCAAAAAUGCUGGCCACCACCCACAUGCUGUACGUGCUGAUCGCCACCUGGGUAAUACCCAUUUUCGGAGCGGCCCUCAGCAAGACGGUGUUGUACCAGGCUCCCGACGAGUGCCGCUGGUCCGGCGGCGGGGAGCACGACAUCACCCUGGUCUGCCACCUGCGGACCAUCAACUCGGAGCUGGAGAACACCAACUUUAGUGUGAUCCAGCCGCAGAACACGGUGCGCCUGCGUCUGGAGUGCAACGACGCCCUCUUCUUCCAGAGCAGUCUGAGCCCGGAUAGCUUCAGAUCGCUGGUGGAGCUGAGGGAUCUCACCAUCGAGUACUGCAAGCUGGGCAAUAUCACGGACGGAUCUUUCCGUGGUCUCCAGGAGCUGCGCAACCUCACCAUUCGCACGCACAACGGCGACUGGUCCACCAUGUCGCUGGAGAUGGCCUCCAAUAGCUUCGUGGAGUUCCGCCAGCUGGAGCGCUUGGAUCUGAGUCUCAACAACAUCUGGCUGAUACCCGAUGGCAUGGUGUGCCCCCUGAAGUCCCUGCAGCACCUCAAUGCCUCGUACAACAAGAUCCAGGACAUCAGCAACUUCUACUUCAGCGCUUCGCUGAGCUCGCGGAAGGCACGAGUUUGCGGCUCCACGCUGCAAAGUCUGGACCUGAGUGCCAACAAGAUGGUCAGCUUGCCCACGGCCAUGUUGUCGGCGCUGGGCCGACUGACCCAUCUGAAUAUGGCCAAGAACAGCAUGAGUUUCCUGGCCGAUCGCGCCUUUGAGGGUCUUCUCUCGCUGAGGGUUGUGGAUCUCUCGGCGAAUCGAUUGACCUCCUUGCCGCCAGAACUCUUCGCGGAGACCAAACAACUGCAGGAAAUUUACUUGAGGAACAACUCCAUCAAUGUGUUGGCCCCGGGAAUCUUUGGCGAGCUGGCUGAACUCCUAGUUCUCGACUUGGCUAGCAACGAACUGAAUUCCCAGUGGAUCAAUGCAGCCACAUUUGUGGGUCUCAAGCGGCUCAUGAUGCUGGAUUUAUCGGCUAAUAAGAUCAGCCGCCUGGAGGCACAUAUCUUCAGGCCCCUGGCCAGCUUGCAGAUCCUGAAACUGGAGGAUAACUACAUCGAUCAGCUGCCGGGGGGAAUCUUUGCGGAUCUCACCAACCUGCACACACUGAUCCUCUCGCGCAAUCGCAUCUCGGUCAUCGAUCAACGCACUCUGCAGGGCUUGAAGAAUCUACUGGUGCUCUCCUUGGACUUUAACAGGAUAUCCCGAAUGGAUCAGAGAUCCCUGGCGAACUGCAGCCAGCUGCAGGAUCUGCACCUGAACGACAACAAAUUGCAGGCUGUGCCCGAAGCUCUGGCCCAUGUUCCCCUGCUCAAAACCCUCGAUGUGGGCGAGAACAUGAUCAGUCAGAUCGAGAAUACCAGCAUCACCCAGCUGGAGAAUCUGUAUGGCCUCCGGAUGACGGAGAACUCUCUCACCCACAUCCGGAGAGGAGUUUUCGAUCGCAUGAGCUCCCUGCAGAUACUCAACCUGUCCCAGAACAAGCUGAAGUCCGUCGAGGCGGGCUCUCUGCAGAGGAAUGGUCAGCUGCAGGCCAUCAGGCUGGAUGGAAACCAGCUGAAAUCCAUUGCUGGUCUCUUCACCGAACUGCCCAACCUGGUGUGGCUGAAUAUCUCAGGCAAUCGUCUCGAGAAAUUCGAUUACUCGCACAUUCCCAUCGGACUGCAGUGGCUGGAUGUUCGGGCCAACAGGAUCACCCAGUUGGGCAACUAUUUCGAGAUCGAGAGCGAACUGAGCCUGAGCACCUUUGAUGCCAGCUAUAAUUUGCUGACGGAGAUAACGGCUAGCUCUAUUCCAAACAGCGUGGAGGUUUUGUACUUGAACGACAACCAGAUCUCCAAGAUUCAGCCGUACACGUUCUUCAAGAAGCCCAACUUGACGCGCGUGGACUUGGUGAGGAAUCGCUUGACCACCUUGGAGCCCAAUGCUCUCCGCUUGUCGCCCAUCGCCGAGGAUCGGGAGAUCCCGGAGUUCUACAUUGGCCACAAUGCCUACGAGUGUGACUGCAACUUGGACUGGCUGCAAAAGGUGAAUCGCGAGUCGCGAACUCAGCCGCAACUCAUGGACUUGGACCAGAUUCACUGCCGGUUGGCUUACGCCCGAGGAUCUUCACAUGUCUCGCUGAUAGAGGCCAAGUCCGAUGACUUCCUUUGCAAAUACGCCUCACAUUGCUUUGCCCUGUGUCAUUGCUGCGACUUCCAGGCGUGUGACUGCAAAAUGGAGUGCCCGGAUAGGUGCUCCUGCUACCACGACCAGUCCUGGACCUCGAAUGUGGUGGACUGCAGCCGGGCCUCCUAUGAGCAGACCCUGCCAUCUCACAUUCCCAUGGAUUCCACUCAGCUGUAUCUGGACGGAAACAAUUUCCGGGAGCUGCAGAGCCAUGCGUUCAUCGGUCGCAAGAGGCUAAAGGUGCUGCACUUGAACCACUCCAGGAUCGAGGUGCUGCACAAUCGCACCUUCUAUGGACUUCUGGAGCUGGAGGUGCUCCAACUGCAAAGUAAUCAGUUGAAGGCCUUAAAUGGCAACGAAUUCCAGGGACUGGAUAACCUCCAAGAACUGUAUCUGCAGCACAACGCUAUUGCCACGAUCGAUACCCUCACCUUCACGAACCUGUAUCACCUGAAGAUCCUGCGAUUGGAUCACAAUGCCAUCACAUCAUUCGCCGUCUGGAACUUCCUGCCCAGUUAUCUGAACGAGCUGCGUCUGGCCUCCAAUCCCUGGAGCUGCAACUGUGAAUUCAUCGAUAAGCUCAGAGACUACAUGAAUCGCCAUGAGUAUGUGGUGGACAAGCUGAAGCUGAAGUGCGAUGUGAUCAGUGGAAAUGGCACCCAGCAGAUGGUCAUAUACCCGGGAUCCGGAGAGGCUACCACCCUGCCCGUUGUUCAGUGCUCUCAGACCCUGCCUUUGGGUCUGGAUAACAGCUUUAACUAUGCGGAGCAGGCUGGUGGCGAGAACGCCACCUCCACGAAAAUGAUCCUGAAUCAGCCGCCGAAACUGGAUUACAUUCCCAUCCUGGUGGCCAUUCUGACGGCCUUCAUCUUCGUAAUGAUCUGCAUUUCGCUGGUGUUCAUCUUCCGGCAGGAGAUGCGUGUGUGGUGCCACUCGAGAUUCGGAGUCCGUCUCUUCUACAAUGCCCAAAAGGAUGUGGACAAGAACGAGAGGGAGAAGCUGUUCGACGCCUUCGUUUCGUACUCCUCCAAGGAUGAGUUGUUCGUCAACGAGGAGCUGGCUCCCAUGCUGGAAAUGGGUGAACACCGCUACAAGCUGUGCCUGCACCAGAGGGACUUCCCUGUGGGUGGCUAUCUACCGGAAACCAUCGUGCAGGCGAUCGAUAGCAGCCGGAGAACCAUAAUGGUGGUCAGCGAGAACUUCAUCAAAUCGGAGUGGUGCCGGUUCGAGUUCAAGUCCGCCCAUCAGUCGGUGCUAAGAGAUCGUCGCCGGCGGCUGAUAGUCAUUGUGCUGGGCGAGGUGCCCCAGAAGGAACUGGAUCCCGAUCUUCGCUUGUAUCUGAAGACGAACACGUAUCUGCAGUGGGGCGAUAAGCUGUUCUGGCAAAAGCUGCGAUUCGCUCUACCGGAUGUCUCCUCAUCGCAGCGAUCCACUGCUGCCGGUCAGAGUUGCCAUGUGCCGAUCAACCACGCCGCUUACCACCACCACCACCACGUCCACCAGCAGGCGAUGCCCCUGCCCCACUCGGUGCACCACCACCAGCAGCAGUUCAUGCUGCCACCGCCACCGCAGCAACCUGGCAGCUUCCGCCGGCAACCAUCGGUGCACCAGCAACAGCAGCAGCAGCAGCAACAGCAACAGCAGCAGCAGCAACUUCGCGGCAACAACAACACGACGCAGCAGCAGCAGCAACAGCAGGCGGCCUUGCUGAUGGGUGGUGGGUCGGUGGGUGGGCCUGCACCGCAGAUGAUCCCCCUGGCGGGUGGCAUCCAGCAGCAGAGCCUCCCAUUGCCACCGAACCAGCAGCCGACGCCGGCGUCUAGAAAUCUGCACAUGUGAGUGGGGUUAGCUUUAAGCAGAGGGUUAAAGGCAAGGUUGAGUUGUGAGAGCUGGAGAGGAUUAGGAGUAUCAGUAUUUAUGGUUUGGUUACAUUCUGGAAGAAUCCGUUUCGAUUUCUUCAUUUUAUUUUUCUAGUUCCUUAGGCUUCGAGAUGGAGAAGACUAUAUGAUGGGGUCGAAACGUAUCAUUAAAAAACCCAUUUAAAGUCUAGACCACGAUCUUGUUCAGUUAUGUGAUCCGGAAUAUCUGCAGCCCAAAAAAUAAGUACCCUCGCUGGAAACAAGUUUAACUUCCUCGGGUUUCAAAAUAAAGAACAAGGGGGAAUUGCAUUCAAUAUGCAAAUGCGAGCGUUUAGCGAUAAAAGCCUAGUUACAUGUUGAAAUAGCAAAAGUAAAAGAAAAAUCGAGUGGGGAAAGAACAGGCAGCACCAGCAGGCAGGAACAAUAACAACAGCAGGAGAAAAACAGUAAAAUAGCUGGCGAGCCAUGCAAUUGUUGUUUGUUGGCCCUGUUCUGUUUUCUUACGGCCAGCUAUUUUCAGUUUCCUGGCUCGCAGCUAGAUUCUGAAAAUUGAUGUUGCAUGCAACACAGCAACAGCAACAGCAACAGCAACGAGCAGUUGGGAACUACACGGGGAAAACUGGUGGAAUUUAAUGAAGGCCUAAUUAAUAUAUUUUUAGAAAAAUUAAACUUCAAGUGUAGAAAGAAACGAAAUCGGAAUGAUACAUCCCAACUAUAUUUAUGACUAUCAAUAAUCCCUUAUAAAAACAAAAGAGUAACUAGAGAAUUUUAAAGCACUGUCAUUUAGAUAAUAUUUUUUUUUUUAUGUUUUUUGAGAUUUUAAGAUUUUUAUCAGGUGUGAUCCUAUUUAUUUCCCGUGUAGAUCAAACACCAACCAGUCAGUCAGUCAGCAACAAAAGGCAGCAGGCCCAAAAGUAUUUCUCUUGGCUUAUUUUUUCGUUCCUCCUUAUUCUCCUUUAUUUUGUCGUUUUCCUGCAUUUUUUGUUGUUUUCCUCUGUUUUCCUCGUUUUCCCCGUUUGCAACGCUCACUCGUUAGUUCAUCUUAACUGCUGCAUUUUGCUAUAACAAGCUCGACGUGUGUAGAAGAUACACCCGUGUAUCUGUAUCUGCAGCAGCUGUAGUCGAGUCCGAAUCCGCAUACGAAUUCGUAUCUGUAUCUGUGCAUCUGUGGCUGUAAAUGUGAAUGUGACUGCGCGGGUUUGGGAAAAAUAGGCAAAGGCAACGCAAAACAUCACAGAGCUCAUGUUUGGCCAAAAGGAAAAUGGUAACAAAAAGCAGACCUUAGACGUUAGACGGUAUACGUUGGAGAACCGAAAACCCAGACCGUCUGCAGACAGUUGCUGUGCGGGUUAAAAUUGGUUUUGGUUUUUGUUGCCACUUUUUUGUUUUAUUUUUUUUGUUUUGCCCCUUUCUGAGCCACAAUUACAUGUGCUAAUCAAUGGCAGAAAAAUAGAUAGCAAGAUGUUGGCAAGGAAAGAAGUGAGAAGUGUGGGAAGGGAAACAAUUGUAGGGGAUUUAGCCCCGAUAAAAUGGACUUACAUCCAACAAUUAAUGCCAGUUAAUUGUAUCCCAGCAUUGGAAGAUAAAGACAUGCGAGAGAAUUCCCCUAUAAUAGUAGUCACUUCUGCAGAUCACGCUAUGCCCAGAUUUGAUUAGGAAACAAAGCUUCUUUCUAUUCUUUCCCCUUCAGCUAGUCAGCGAUUUAGUAGAAGCAAAAAGAAUUUCCCAGAGUGAAACUUCCAAUUGUGACCUUGCUGCAACGAAAAAAAGAUACAAGUUUCCCUGGGCAGAUGUGGAAAACACAAGGAAAAGCGUAGGAGAGAGAUCAGCACGUGUGUGUGCCGAGCUUUUGGCCCCAAAGUUGUGUUUUGGCCAAAACCCGACAAGGCCAGAAAAGGAGGAACAUGGGAACAAAGCCGUACAGAUUAGUUUGGUCUUGGCGAUUAACAUCUACCAGGUUGUGUGUGCUACGCCCCCUCUACUUGCACCCAUAUAUCUCAGAAAAUCUCCAGCUCCACUGACUUGCCAAUUUAAAAAUGCAUUCCAAAAGCGAGAAACCAGAAAACUAGUUAACAAAUCAAACACACUCUCUUUAGAAGGAUUCACUUGGUUUAGACUGUAAAGAGUUAAAUGUAAAUAAGUUAAAUGUUAAUUGUACUUGUAAUUGUUUAAUCAUUGUGAUAUUUUGUUUUAGCAUAAGUCCUAAUUUAUUAAGAUGCGUACCAUUUUCCUACCAACCUACGUUUAGUCGUAAUCUUAUCCUCAUUAGUUAGUCUAGCUCUUAAGUUAAUCAAUUGAAUGAAAACCCACAAUCCCCGCCUACGAGAUACAGCCAUAUUAACUCUAUGAAAAUUAUAAAACUAUUGUACAUAAAAAAGAAACAACUGACAAAAAGGACUGUAUGCACUAAAAUGAAAGAAACACGAAUUAUGCAACACGAAUCAAACAAAUUGAGAACAUAAAUCGACUGAUUACAUGUGUACUAUAUAUAAAUAUGCAUAACAUUUAAUUAUGAUUUACUCGCCGUUUGUUGUAAAUAUUAUAACUACCCGCACACCUAUGAAUAUGUAUUGUAUUUUGUAACUUUAUGUUUUCUAGUUUAUAACGAAAAAGCGAAGAGGAAAAACGAAUCACAAAAAUAUAUAAA